AGCCUCCCGGCCCCGACGAGAGUCGCACCGCGCAGAUAGGGCAUCCGACGGCGAAAGCCGCCGCGGGGGCGGAGGAUCCUCGGUCAGACAGCGCGGGCGGGGGGGGUGCGCCGCGGCGAGCCGGGAGCCCGCUCCCGCCGCCCUCCCGGGGCGGGGGGCCGUGCGCGGCUGGCCCGGACGGGGCGCCCGCCCCCGCCCGGUCCCCGCCGCCGGGGCGCCUCCGCCCUGCCAGGGCGGCCGCGAUUUACUCACGGCCGGGGCAGCGGGGCCAUCCCGCCGCCGCCGCAAUCACUCCGUGCAGCAUCAGCCCUUCCCCAGAGGCACUUCCUUCCUCCGGCGGGCGGCAGGGAGGGCCGGAGCACUUAUAAAAACGCGGGCACGGGCGCCGAGGCAUGACAGAGAUUUCCCGGCGCCGCCGCCGCCCCCCGACAUGCGGCGGCUCCCGCUGCCGCCGCUGCCGCUGCUGCUGGCCGCCGCCGCGGCGGGGCUGGGGCUGGGGCUGCCGCCACCGGAGUCGCAGCCGCAGCCGGAGCUGGAGCCCGCGCCGUCGGGCACGCAGUGCAUCGAGCACGACUGCUUCAGCGUCUUCUGGCAGCCGGGGCCCUUCGACGCGGCCAGCGCGGCGUGCGAGCGGCGCGGCGGGCACCUCAUGACGGUGCGCUCCACCGUGGCCGAGGACGCCAUCGCGCUGCUGGUGCAGAACCGCAGCGGCUCCCUGUGGCUGGGACUGCGGCUGCCGCAGGCCUGCACCGAGCCGGCCCAGCGGCUCCGCGGCUUCCAGUGGGUCACCGGCGACCGCCGCACCGACUACGUGAACUGGCGGCAGCGGCGGCCGCGCUGCGGACAGCACUGCGUCACCGUGGCGCGGGACCUGCGCUGGGAGGAGCGGAGCUGCGCCGCCGCCGCCGCCGGCUUCCUCUGCGAGUUCAACUACGCCGACAGCUGCUCCAAGCUGCCGGCGGCCGCCGGCCUCGCCGUCACCUACACCACCCCCUUCGGCGCCCGCGACAGCGACUUCCUGGCGCUGCCGCCGGGCAGCGCGGCGCACGUCGCGGCGCUGGGCCUGGAGCUGCGCUGCGCGGAGGCGGGCGGCGGCGGGGGGCUGCGCUGGGGCCGCGACGCGCCCGGCGCCUGGCCCUGCGAGCUGGGCAACGGCGGCUGCGAGGAGGCGUGCCGCGCCGAGCACGGGCGGCCCCGCUGCCUGUGCCCCGCCGGGAAGCGGUUGGGCGCCGACGGGCGCGGCUGCUCCUCCCCCUGCGCCGACGCGCCCUGCCAGCACCACUGCGUGCCCGACGGGCCCGGCUUCCUCUGCAUGUGCGACUCCGGCUACGAGCUGGCCGCCGACGGCAGCAGCUGCAGGGACGUCGACGACUGCGCCACCAAGCCGGGCAUCUGCGACCAGGAGUGCGUCAACACUGAGGGGGGCUUCGAGUGCCGCUGCCACCGGGGCUACAAGAUGGUGGAGGGGCACUGCCGUUUCGUGUCCCACUGCUACGAGGCCCCCUGCAAGCACGAGUGCGAGGACGUGCCUGGGGGGUACCGCUGCCGCUGCUUCGAAGGGUAUGCCGUCCACCCCCACGAGCCCACGCAGUGCGUCCUGCACUGCAACCAGAGCGAGUGCCUGGCCGAGUGCGACCCUCACGUCAAGGACUCCUGCGAAUGCCCUGAAGGGUUUAUCUUCGACAACCGGGGCGGUGGGUUGAAGUUCUGCGUCGACAUUGAUGAGUGUGACAUGAACUAUUGCGACCAGAAUUGCACAAACCACCCCGGCGGCUACAUGUGCCACUGCAAUGCAGGGUACAAGCUUGUCAACCGGCACUGGUGUGCAAAAAUAGGCGAGGAAGAGGAAAUAUAUUCGGGCGACUUAGAGCCUGGCCCCAAAACACCCACCCCCACCCGGCUGCCGCCAAAGGCAGGCCACCUCCACCCUGGUGUUCUGGUUGGCAUCGCUGUGAGUAUCCUGUCCAUGGUUUUGGUCCUGCUGGCUUUGGUUUACCACCUGAUGAAGAAGCGCUGCAGAUCCCCCUCCACUAUGGAUUACAAGUGCAGCAGCAGCACAGAAAAGGAGAUGGGACUUCAUCAGGUGACCCCAGGAUGCACCUCUUCUAACCAGAAACUGUAGAGAAAUCGGGUGGAGCAGAGAGAGGGAGAUGAAUAGAACUGGUUUAAAUCUUUUUCACAUUUUUAAUGAAAAAAAGAAUUUCAGGAAAAGCUAUGAUCACCUCCACCCUUCCAAAAUUACCGCGUUUCAGCUAGCUCUAGUAAUACUUGCUGCAAAGGAUGGGGACGGUGAAAAGCACACCGUCCUGUGCUGAGCUUUUCCAUUCCUGCUCCGUUUACAGAACGUGUCAGACCCUUUUUGGCUUUCCUCUUUGCCUGAGUCAGCGAUCGCUGUGAAAUUUCAACGAAAGACUUGGUGUAUGUGUAUGUGUUAUGGGAGGAAUGUCUGCAUUUGGAACUGACUUUUUAAGCCCAUAUUGACUGGGAGGCAAGAGCACAUAUACAAUAGACUAUUUAAUUAAUAAUGAUGGACCUUAAACGGUUUCUUGCCUGAUGGUUGUCAGCUAGGUCAUCCGAAUUCCUUCUCAGCUGAAAAGUAUGCCACCAGCUUGGAGGUAAAGGUUUCCCAGGGAUGAAGAGGAGCUGGAAUGCUCCUGCCUUUGUUUAGGUUCAGUUUAAUUUUUUUAAACUGAUUAAUUAUGAAAGAAGUAGCAAAGAUCUUUUGAUCAGCACUUCUCCUGCCUUCCCUGCACCACUCUGCAUCAUUGGCAGAAAUUUUGUGUGCUUUCUCUUUUUCUUAUACAGCUUCUCACCUCUAGCGACUGGGCACUUUUUGCAUAAAACCAAUAGCAAUAGUAGGGACCCUACUGAACUUCACUGUUUGAGGGCUAAAAUGGCUGCGUUUUAUUCCUUCUUACAGCUUUGGGGGUGUUUGGAGGGGAGGGGGUCGCAGAGGUUAAAUGGGGAUACCAAGAAUGUGAGAGUAAGUUUUUUUCAGGAAAGGUCUUUUCAAAGCCUGACUGUGCCUUGUGUUCACUGCACAAUUUCUUCUGUGACUUUCUUUCAUUGUUGGAUUAAAAUGUUGCUAACAAGCCCGCUUAAUUGACCACUCCUGUCAGCAAAGUUUUUCCUGUGUUUCCUUUAGUCUUGUCCCGAUCAGGGCUGAGGCUAAAUCCUAGUUGUGUUGAAGCUGGUGGCAGGACUUCCAGUGGCUUUAGUGGGAGCAGGACCCCUGUGUUUGCUUUGCAGCCACAGACCAGAGGAAAUCUGGAAAACUGUUAUAUGUAUUUUUCCAGGUCUUUUAUAAAAUAGUAAGACAAUGGGUUUAGGAAGUUCCACAAAUCCAGCACGGUGCCAGUAUAUGUAUCAUGCAAGAAAACACGCUGAAAGAAAGGAGUGUGGGGGGGAGGCUCUUAAUACUUGAGCCUUAUCUCGUAUGAAGCCAAUGGCUGUUUGUGCAUUAACUUCAACAGGCGGUGACCGAGCUUUUGCUGACAGGUUUAUGCCUAUGAGAUAUCUGCAUGCAGCAGUGCUUAGUUUCUGGGUAGAAAGUUGGUUUUCUAGUCAAAAGUCUGGUAGACAGAACUCCAGAGGGUUGGAUGCUGCUUGCAAAUUAGCUGAAAAUGGGGCAUGCAAGUUGCCAGCUAGCUGUGCAUCAGGAAAGUGACUGCUAAGCUCUCAAGGAUUUUGUGUUUCUUCCUCUUCCCCACUUUUGGGUGGAUACAACUUUACAUGCUAAGUGAACUUGCUAUCACACAUCAUUUUUUCCCUCUGAUAUGCCAGAGUGAUCGAGCACCCCCAAGAAAAAUAAAUAUGUUUUAUGAACUCUAGCUUUCUUAAUGGAAAUGGUUCAAUCCACUGUUUUGUACACCCAGCACAUUUGUAAAUACUUAUUUAUUUAUUGGAAGUAUACCCUAUGCAAUGCACAAUCACACUGUGAUUUUGUGUGUAGACCAAUAAAGCUUUUACUAUCUGGUUUAUAGAAA